ACCAAUUUUAUUUCUCCCCCUUGUAUUGCGGAGUUCAGCAACAAAAGCAUUACUCAUAAUUGUAAGUUAAAGUUUGUUCGCUCCAUGUAUAGUGUUGUAUUGACAAUUUACCAUAACAAAAUCCGUAACUAAAUCUCUAUUUUACGAAAAUGAAUUCAGAUGUGAACCGAAAAGUAAUGGCUAUCCAGGCUAAGAAAAAGCGAUCGAAGGGCCCAAAAUCUAAACUAAAAAGCAGACCUGAUAAUGCAGAUUCUAGAAAAUCGUCCAGUGCACGACAAAGCAAUUAUGACAUGCCUUAUGAGGAUGAAGAUGAUGAAGAAAUUUUUGGAUCAGAUGAUGAUGAACAAGAAGAUCCACAAGACUAUUGUAAAGGUGGUUACCAUCCAGUGAAAAUUGGCGAUUUGUUCCAUAGUCGUUAUCAUGUUAUUCGCAAACUUGGCUGGGGGCACUUUUCAACUGUCUGGCUUUGUUGGGAUUUGAUGGGGAAGAGAUUUGUGGCUCUUAAAGUUGUAAAGAGUGCAUCUCAUUAUACAGAAACAGCAUUAGAUGAAAUUAAAUUAUUGCGUAGUGUACGUGAAAGUGAUCCCAACAACUGUUACAGGGAAAAGGUUGUACAAUUAUUAGAUGACUUUAAAAUUUCUGGUGUGAAUGGGACACAUGUAUGUAUGGUGUUUGAAGUAUUAGGUCACAAUUUACUGAAACUGAUUAUAAGGUCUAAUUAUCAAGGUAUUCCACUCCCAAAUGUAAAGUCAAUAAUAAGACAGGUUAUUGAGGGUUUAGAUUACUUGCACAGGCAGUGUAAAAUAAUACAUACAGAUAUUAAGCCUGAAAAUAUCCUCAUUGCUGUUGAUGAAAGCUAUGUUAGAAAAUUAGCAUAUGAAGCAACUCAAUGGCAGAAAAUGGGAAUUCGUCCUCCAGGCUCCUUAGGAUUUUACAAUUUUCAUCCUGAUUUUGUAGUUAGCACAGCUCCCAAAGAAUUCAGAGGUCCUAAUCCAAAUACCAAGAUGUCUAAAAAUAAAAAGAAAAAAAUGCGUAAAAAGGCAAAACGUCAGCAAGAACUUCUGGAAAUGCAAAUGCAGCAGCUGGAAGAAUUAGAAAUGGAAGAAAAUUUCAAUCAAGACAGAAUUGGUGAUGGUGAUAAUGCCGAAGGAGAUGGUGAAACGGUAGAUAAUGAUAGCAGAUGUAAUGGGAGUUCUGAUGAUAACUGUGGUCAAAACAUCUGUAUCACAAAAUCUUCCUAUGGUCAUUCACCUGGUACAUCAGUUUCUCCUUCUCAAGAAUUUUGUAGUCCAACACAUAGUGAAAAUAUGCCCAGAAUUGGAAGUGUAGAAAGGCCUAGACUGUCAGUUUCAGCAGAAGGACUGUGCAAUGGUCAUGAAGAUAAUCUAGAUGAAGCUUACUUAUCAUCUAAAGGUAGACUAGAAAGGUCAGAGAGUACUCUUAAUCCUUCAAGCCAUCAGAAAUCUAAAGAACCUGAAAUUAGAAGAGUAGCAUCCUGUCCUGAAAAUGAUAAACCUAUGGACCAUAAGCCAGAUCCUGUUCAUGAAGUGUGUGAUAUAUCUGUAAAAAUUGCUGAUUUAGGAAACGCUUGUUGGGUUCAUCAUCAUUUCACAGAAGACAUUCAGACAAGACAAUACAGAUGCUUAGAAGUGCUAUUAGGAGCUGGAUAUGGGCCUCCUGCUGAUAUAUGGAGUACAGCAUGCAUGGCUUUUGAAUUAGCAACCGGUGAUUAUUUAUUUGAACCUCAUUCUGGUGAGGACUAUUCCAGGGAUGAAGAUCAUUUAGCUCACAUUAUUGAACUUCUAGGAGAUAUACCAAAACAUAUUGCUUUUUCUGGAAAAUAUUCUCGAGAGUUCUUCAAUAAAAAAGGAGAACUACGACACAUUACAAAGUUAAAACCUUGGGGCCUAUAUUCAGUACUGAUAGAAAAAUAUGAAUGGGACCCUUCAGAAGCAAGGGCUUUUACUGAAUUUUUACUUCCUAUGCUAGCCUUUGAUCCAAAUGAGCGUGCUACAGCUGCUGAAUGCUUGAAGCAUCCAUGGCUAGCUUCAUGACUUCAAGACACAUUUAGCUCCUUUUAUGACUAAAUCCAAGAACUUAUGACAGUCGUGCAUUUCUUUAACAUUAAAUCAGAUAAAUCAUUUGUACAUUUAUUUGUCAUAGCUGUUUCUCCGUAUUUUUUUUCUAAAUAAUAAAAUUGCGAUCUGGAUUUAUAAAAUAAUUUUUUCAUAUUUGAAGAAAAAAAUUGAGACAUUUGUUUCAUAAAGUUCUACAAUAUUGGAAGUAGAAACUUACAUUUCAUGUUUUGUUCUGUGUAUAUUUGUGUUUUUUUUUAUGAAUACUGUGUACUUCUGUUUGCAUCUUUUCAAAUUUAUAUAUUUAUUUAUUGAAGCAAGUUCAUUGUGUUUUUGAAAUUUUGCAUGUUAAGUGGUAUUAAAUGUGCCUGUUUAUUCAAAAUGUAAAAUUUUUUUUAAAAAAAUUGAGCUACAGCUUCUUUUGGGGAGAUGUAUUAUCCUUAUAGUUAUGGGGAAGAAAUAUUUCAUGUCAUUAAUUGCUGAACCUUAAUAUUUAUUAGUUAGUUUCAUGUGAUUUUUCUAUAGAUUUAACUCAGCAGUUUUGUGCAUUUGUGAAAGAAAGGGACAUUUUCUGGAAAGACUGUUUAUCCAAUUCAACUUAAAUUAUAAAUAGAUCUCCUUAUCAAUCUAAAUAAAUAGCAUUGAAAAGAAAAACGAAAGAUUACAGGAAAUAGCACAUUUAGUUAAGUGAUGCUUUCAUCACACAUUUUGCUAUAAAAUUGAUUAUGUCAUGUUACAUAAACUGUGCACAGCUUUGCAAAUUGUGCUGUGAAAUAGAACAUCAAUGCAAGCUUAUGAAUCAAUAACUUUAUUAGUCCUUUUUUUAAACUAGUUUUUUCGUAAUGUCUUUUUAUACAAAGCUGAAAAUUUCUAGUAUUUGACUCAAAGUAUUGGUUCUUUACAAAUUUCAAAUUAGUGGAUUAAGUGUUCUAUGAAAUUUUAAAAAUUAAAAUUGUGCAUAUUAUAUCCUUGAAGCUCUGUAAUUUUUAUAGACAUUUUUUUGGUGUUUUUAUAUUUCUUGCAAUAGACAUUUAUUUAGUAUUUUCCCUAGAAUUAUGUUGUUUAUGUAAUCAGAAUGCAGCAUAUCUUAUGCUAGUCUGUAAUCUUAGUAAAAGAGAAAGAAAAAUCAGCAUAACUUUGUACACAGUGUACACGUAUUCAUUACACAUUGUCAUGAACUUUAAAUUUUGUACAGGAUAAUUUUCAUCUUCAUGCAUUUUGUGUUGUAAUGUUUUCAUGUUUAUGUAAGUAAAUACAAUUAUGAAAAAUCCAAUUUUUAAAAAAAUUUCAUUUCAACAGUAUAGUUUUUCAUCUCCCAAUUCCAUCAAAGACUUAGAAUGAUUGAAGAUUUGUAUGUGAUUAGGGUCUGUUUGAAAAAUAUAUUGGUAAUUUUUAAAAAUUCUAAUUUGAUGUAAUUUUGAUUUCAAGUUAUAAACAUUCAAUAAAAAAAGGGGGAUUUGAAUAAAUUUUCAUGACUGUAAUGUUUUCAGAUUGUAACUAAAUUCUCUAAAUGCCAGCAAAAUCUUUACACAUAAAGUAUUGAUUUAAAAUCUUCAAAAUUAAUGCAGCAGAUUUUUAUAAAUCAUAGAACACAUAGGAAAAAGCAUUUAUCAAUUGUUCUUGUAAAAGAGAUGGAAUUUUAUCAGUGGUGAAUCUUGAAUGGUGAUACUCAGUGUUCCCGCAACAGGUCUUUUACCUCAAUUGCUUGAAUAUUUACUAGUAACUGUCUGCCAUAAAAUGUAGUCCCAAAUUCAUAAGAAUGCCAGCAGGUUUCAUUACAGGUUAGUUAGGGAAGAAAGAGGGGAUUCAUUGUAAGAAAGAGGAGAUUCAUUGUAAAUGUACGAUUCUCUCUUAAUCCAUUAGUGAAAUGCUUGGAACUUCCUAGAAUAGACAAGAUUCCUUAUGUUAAUUUUGAAAUUUGUCGAUCAGGAAUAGUUGUUAUAAUUUCAAACAUUUUUAAUUAAUAUAGCUAUUAAGUUCUGAUUUAUUAAAUAAAGUUUUGUUUAAUGCACCAUGCAAGAUUGUGUGUAGGUUAGGAUAAUAUAGUAAUGACUUAAUUAACAAACUCUUCAUGUCUAAAAUUUUGAAAUUUUUCAGAACAGACUGAACUUUUUAUGUGAACAUCGAGAUUUAUUAAUAAUAAAUAAUUGUUACAAUUUCAGUUUUACAAAAUAUGUUGAUGUGAUAGUGGAAUAAAGCUUCUGUUGUCAUAACUUUAUUUAAUGCAUCAUAUUAGGUUGUGUAUGAGAUGUAAAUGUGAAAAUGCAAUUUCAUAUGAAUUUGCUUCAUUUCUGAUUGAGCAGUCUAUGAUAAUAAAUGCUUUUUUCUAUGUGUUCUGCAAUCCAAGAAGUUCAUUGCCUUGGUUUAAAGGCACCAUCACUAUAUCUUUCUCUGUAUAUAAUAUCAAGGUACAAAUUAUGCUCAAUAAUAAGAAACUAAAGUCUCAUUUCAGCUUGUAUUUUUGGACAGGCUUGAACUAGUUUUUAUAUAUAAAUAAUUAACAAAAUAAUGGAAACACUACCAAUAUUUGUUUUCUCGAUGCCUGUUUAU